GUGACCUGUGACCCCGCCAAGGGAAGGGCGUGUCCAAGAUGGCGGAAGAUUCGGCUGGAGAUUCUCCUCAGAGAGAAGUCCAGGAACUGUCCAUUCACGAGGAGGACUAUCCCUUCGAGGGGAUCGUGGAUGCAGAGUGCGAAGAUGAAGAGAUAGACGCAGCGUUAGUGGCACCUCCAGAGACGGACUGGUAUCAUGGCAGGCUGGGGAGGGUGUCGGCAGAAGAGCGGCUGCGCCAGGGGGGAAAGCUCAGCAGUUACCUGAUCCGGGAGAGCGAACGGAAGCCCGGCUCUUACGUCCUCUCCUACUUUGGAGUCAAGGGCAUCGACCACUUCAGGAUAAUAGCCAUGUGCGGAGACUUCUACCUGGGCGGUCGUCAGUUCGACUCCCUGUCGGACCUGAUUGGUUACUACACCAUCUGGGCCUGCAUCCUGAAGGAUGAGAAGCUGAUGUACCCUGUGCCUCCUCCAGAGCCUGUACAGAGUCGUAGACUAGUCCGUGCCAUCCUGCCCUACACAAGAGUGCCUGACACAGAUGAACUCAGUUUUGAGAAGAGCGAUGUGUUCAUGGUCCAUAACACGAUGGACGGAGGCUGGCUGUGGGUCACCUCCCAGAGAACCAACGAGAGUGGACUGGUCAUCAGGGACCUCGUAGAAGAACUGGAUUUUUAUGCCGAUCCUCAUGAAGGAAAGGAGUGGUUUCACGGCACCAUCACUAAAGAGAAAGCAGCACAGCUCUUGUCAGAUGCCCCAGACUCGGCAUUCCUGAUCCGUCCCAGCGACUCGUCCCCCGGGGAUUACUCCCUCUUCUUCCGCAGCAACAACAUGAUACAACGUUUCCGCAUCACACGACAGAACCACGAGGAGUUCGAGAUGGGCGGGCACCACUAUGCAACUCUUGACGACAUCAUCAAACACUACAAAACAGAGCAAAUUGUGGAGGGAUACACACUGGGGGAGCCGGUCCCAAACAAGAGAAGUCGGCUGAACUCGUUAAACGAUGAGGACAUCUACCAGAGCGUGCGGGCGCGGUCUACGGGGUCCUGUAUCAUCACACAGCCCAGCGACACCAUCGUCAAGAAGGGCUACCUCAGCAAAAAAGGUCAUCGUAGCAAAAAGUGGAAGAAUUUGUUCUUCAUUUUGAAUGGCACAGAGCAGCAUGUCUACUACUUUGAGAAUGAGAAGAGAACAAAACCAAAGGGUCUGAUCGACUUGAACUAUGCUUCAAUUUACCCAGUACAUGAGAGUCUGUUUGGAAGACCCAACUGUUUCCAGACUGUUGUACGAGCGCUGAAUGAUGUCACUACAACAUACCUGUGUGCUGACACAGCAGAGCUGGCAAAGGAAUGGAUCCUGGCCAUGCGGCAGUUCUGCACCCAGCCGAGCAACAAGCAGUCGCCUCUCAACGCCAAGCGGGUCAAGCAGCUGCGCAGCCUGAGCGUGAACGUUCUGGACGCCCGUAACCUGCCCGUGAAGCACCUACCUCACCCUUACUGCAUGCUGUCCCUGCACGACGUGCACGCAGCCAGGACACAGAUGCGCGAGGGGCCCAACCCUCUGUGGUCGGAGGAGUUUGUGUUCGAGGACCUUCCGAGAGAGGUGGAGUCUUUUACACUGUUGCUGUGCAGUCGAGCCAGAAGGUCCAAAGAUGCUGUUGUCGAUCAGUUACUGGUGGCGGCCAGUGUGAUCUUGGUUCCCAGUGCCGUAGAGAAUCUUGGGGUCAGAGCAUCCGUCUAUGUGCCUUUGAGUAAGCUUCCCAACGGGCAGUACGUGGAUGAGUGGUACCCGGUCAUCCCAGAGUCCCCCUACAAAGGAGACAUGGGGUCCAUCAGGAUACGGGCCCACUACAGGUCCCAACUGGUGCUGCCUUUGGAGGAGUACGCAGGGCUGAAACAGCUGAUAGUAUCCAAAGAAUUCCACACCAUCUAUGCACUGGACAAGGUGUGUGCGCGGGACCGGUCUCUCCUCGCCAGCGCACUCCUGAGGGUGUUCAGGGACGAGAAGAAGGAGGCCGUUUUGCUACAAACUCUCACAACGAAGGAGAUCGCUAACGAAGAUGAGAGUGCGACCCUGUUCCGAGCGACCACCCUUGCCUCCACCCUGAUGGACCAGUACAUGAAGAUGACGGCCGUGCCCUUCCUGCACCAGGCUGUGAAGGACGUCAUCACCAAGAUAGCCGACAGCAAACAGUCUUGUGAGCUGAACCCCACCAAGCUGGAGAAGGGUGCAGACGUGAACUCCAACCUAGAGACCCUGCUCAGCUUCCUCACGGAGGCAGUGGAAGCCAUCUUUAAGGCCACUGAGAGCUGUCCAAGCACUCUGAGGUACAUCUUUGGCUGCCUGCAGAGAGAGGUGCUGAAGAAAUGGCCUGAUGACACCACCAUGCGCACCAGAGUUGUCAGCGGAUUCAUCUUCUUGAGACUGAUCUGUCCAGCUAUCCUGAACCCCAGACAGUUUAAUCUACUAGCAGAGUCGCCGACCCCCACCGCUGCCAGGACUCUCACCAUGGUCGCCAAGUCGCUGCAGAAUCUCGCAAACCUUGUCGAGUUUGGUGCAAAAGAACCAUACAUGGAAGCAGUGAAUCCCUUCAUUGUCAAAAACAAGGAGAGAAUGAUCAUGUUCCUGGAUGAGCUGGCGAAUGUCCCAUCUUACCCAGAAGUUACAGAGAAAGUGAAAUCCGAUCCCUCCCAGGACCUGGCAACCCUGCAUCAGAUCUGUCUCUCUCACCUGACGGAACUACAAACCCUUAGUACCACACAGAGUCAUCUGAAGAAGUUGCUGGCAGUGACAGAGCAUCUCAGCAACAGACAACAACAGUACAUGGGCGCAGUCAAGCGAUGACAGCACCGAUAGCUGCAGUACUGAUAGUGCCUGCUAGGGGGCAGUUGUUAUCCAUACAUGGAAAGACUGGUGAGACUAUGCCAAGUGCAUAGAGUGGAGUUGGUCAGAGACAAACAUCAGACUCAGAGGCCUACAUGAACUUGCCUCCAGGCCUUUGCCAUCAAGCCUUACAGAUGAAACAAAGAAUCAUGCAUAUAUAGCUUCAAGCGUGAAACAGACUCGAGAUCUGUAAGAUUAUUUGUAUCUCAGAAAACACAAUCUUGUCUUCAGGCAAUAGGAAAAGACGGAGUAACUUUUGUCCUUGAUACUGUGAGAGUAGGGGCAAAAACCAAGGACACAUAUUAAGUACAAGAUAUACUUAUGACUAACAGGAAAUACAGUUCCAUAGUAUCAAAACCGGUAGAUGUGUACAGCAUUAUUUACAGUAAUCAGAGCAUUAUAUCAAGGACCUUGUUGAUUAUAUGAACCAGUAUUGGUCAGAAAUCUUUGUAUACAGGUACUGUAAAUGCAGAAAACCACCACAAACAUUUUUUUCAUUACA